CUGAAACUCUUUUUCGGUCGACUCAAUCGCUACAAGAAAUUUCCUUCGUUAUCUCUUCCGGAGAGUUCCUCUCUCUCUCUCUCUCUCUCUCUAUUUGUCUCAACAAAUUUGAUCUGAAAGAAACAAAAAAGAAAACUAUUUCCUUUCCAUGAAAUACAUACAGAUCUUCUCUCUACCAAACAUUUUUUCUUUGCUAAGGGUUCUUGCUUUUCAAACCAUUUUUUCGCCAUUUUUCUUGUAAUUCUUUUUCUUGUUAGAGUUCAGAUUUUAGAUUUUUUAAAAAAGAAACGAUUAGAUUGUGAGGUUCAGUUAAUUAUUAGGGUUUUCUGUUUUGGGUUUCCCUGUCGCGUGGUAAUUUUGAAGUGCAUAUAAAAUGGAUGCUUCUGAGGAUCUUAAGCAAUUCGGCGAUACUGAUAAAGGAGGUGCAGUAUUUGAUGCAUCACAAUAUGCAUUUUUUGGAAACGAUGUUCUCGAGGAAGUUGAAUUGGGGGGGCUAGAUGAUGAGGAUGAGGAUUUACCUGCAGCUGGACUUGAUGAAGAGGAGUUUUUGUUUGAUCAAGAGGAGGGUGGAGUUUUGAGGGCCUUAUCAGACAUAGAUGAUCUUGAAAGUACAUUUUCAAAGUUGAACACAGCUGUUAGUAGACCAAGAGGCUCAGGGAUAAUUGGUGAUAGGGGAUCCCGAGAAAGUUCAUCUGUUGCUGAGUGGGCACAAGGGGAGGAAUUUCCUUACUGGCUCGACCAGCAAGCUCUUGAAACUGAAGGUAUUCCUGAACGCUGGUCAUCACAACCAUCAACCAAUUUGGACCCGAAGCAUCUCCUCAGAACAUCCUCAUACCCUGAGCCACAUCAGCAGCAACCACAACAACGCCACCAUCUACAUUUCUCUAGCGAACCUAUUCUGGUUCCAAAAUCUUCCUACACUUCAUACCCUCCCCCUUGUGGCAGGUCUCCUCAAGCUUCACCAAAUCAGCAUCCUGGUCAUCUGAAUAUUCCAUAUAUGGUUGGUGGAUCACAGAUGACAUCUUCUCCAGAUCUCUCUUCCUUCUCUAAUUCUCAGCCUCAAAUGCCAGGUUUGCAUCCUGGGUCACAUUAUGGUGGGAAUAUGAAUCAUUUGGUUCCUGGUCUGUCUGUCAAUAGUCGUGCAUCGGAUCAAUGGGGGAGCCAGCCCAAAUUAUAUGGUGGAGAUGGUUCAAGUGUUUUGAACAAUAUGUUGCAGCAACAGUUAUCUCAUCAAAACGGUUUGAUUCCGCCUCAAUUAAUGCCCCAGCUACAGGUGCACCAGCAGAGACUGCAACAUCCUGUUCAGCCAUCAGUUAACCGUUUGCCAGGGAUUCAGUCACAGCUGUUUAAUCCCCAUCUUUCUCUAUCCUCACCUCCAAUGAACCAGUUUGAAGCUGUACUUGGUAUUGGUGAUCUGAGAGAUCACAGACCUAAAUCAGCUCAUAAAGGAAGGCAAAAUCCACGACUUUCUCAGCAGGGUUUUGAUAUUGGAUGGCCUCAAUUUAGAUCCAAAUACAUGUCACCUGAUGAGAUUGAGGGCAUUCUUAGAAUGCAGCUUGCUGCAACUCACAGUAAUGACCCAUAUGUGGAUGAUUAUUAUCACCAGGCUUGUCUAGCAAGAAAAUCUGCAGGGGCAAAGUUGAGACAUCAUUUCUGCCCAACUCAUCUUAGGGAUCUUCCCCCCCGAGCACGUGCAAAUGCUGAGCCACAUGCUUUUCUCCAGGUUGAUGCUCUUGGGAGGGUUCCUUUCUCUUCAAUUCGGAGGCCUCGUCCUCUUCUGGAAGUCGACCCUCCAAAUUCAUCUGCUGCCAACAACAAUGAUCAGAAAGCUUCUGAUAUGCCCCUGGAACAAGAACCAAUGCUUGCUGCUAGAGUUACAAUUGAGGAUGGUCUAUGCCUUCUUCUUGAUGUAGAUGAUAUUGAUCGGUUUUUACAGUUUAAUCAGUUACAGGAUAGUGGAGCACAGCUGAGACAAAGACGGCAGGUUUUGUUAGAAGGGCUGGCUGCAUCACUUCAAUUGGUUGACCCUCUUGGCAAGAAUGGCCACACAGAUGAGCUUGCUCAAAAGGACGAUCUUGUCUUUUUACGAAUAGUGUCCCUUCCCAAAGGCCGGAAGCUGCUUGCAAGGUACCUUCAGCUUCUUUUUCCAGAUGGUGAGCUUAUGCGGAUUGUCUGCAUGGCCAUUUUUCGUCAUUUAAGGUUCUUGUUUGGAGGCCUUCCGUCUGAUCCAGGAGCAGCUGAAACUACUAGUAACCUUGCAAGGGUUGUUUCCUCUUGUGUUCAUCACAUGGAUCUUCGUGUGCUUAGUUUCUGUCUUGCAGCUGUGGUUUGUUCCUCAGAGCAGCCUCCUCUUCGUCCUCUUGGAAGUCCCACUGGAGAUGGGGCAUCUUUUAUUUUGAAAUGUGUUCUUGAUAGGGCAACAAAACUGGUGACUGAUUUUAAAGCUGGUGGGGAUUACAAUAUAAGCAAUCAGUCCCUUUGGAAGGCCUCAUUUGAUGAGUUCUUUAACCUUCUUACCAAGUAUUGUGUAAAUAAAUAUGAUACGGUAAUGCAGUCCUUGCGUAUGCAGGACAAACCAAAUAUGGUAAUUGAUGAAGCAGAUGCUACCAAAGCAAUUAAACGAGAAAUGCCAGUUGAUCUGUUACAUGCGUGUCUACCCCACAUUAAUGAGCAGCAGAAAAAGCUGAUAUGGGAUCUCUCUCAGCGAUCCAUGCUUGUAGGACAGUCAUGAUAAAGAAAUGAUAGUGGGAGAAGCUUAAAUUCAUUCAUGUUUAGACAGCCACAUUGAAGUGAUGCCAUGUGUUGAAAGGAACACGCUUAGCUUAUACCAUUCAUCCCAGUGGCUGAUGGCCAUGAUGGAGCACCCAAGAUGGGUUCAUUUCAGGUGAAGCUCUAGAUAAGGUCCUAUUUUAGUUUUACUAGUUUAAGUAUUUUAAUCUUUAAAAAUAACAUGCUUCUGCUUUUUUAGCAAAAUAUUGAAGUGGGUCUGGCUAUGUGUAUUUAUGAUAGAACCUUGCAGAGAUUUUCCUUUCCUGGGGUUCUUUUCCAUAGAUUGGAGCUUAUGUUGAAGAUCCAUUGUGAAAUAUGUGUAUGGAGAUGUAGUUAGUGUGUAGGGGGUUAAGUGCAGAAGAUAUCCCGCAUUCCGACUGUCAUUUUUUUUUUUGUUUAAAGGAGGUGGGAUGGAUCGUCUCUUAGUCAGUUGGAAGUGUCUCUGCUCGAUAUAGCAGAUACUGAAUAAACAGUCAAAUAAUGCCAGCAUCAUGGGAGGGGUGUGAUAGCUUCAAUUAAAAUGCUAAAAUUAGCUUUAAUAUUGGUAAUGUCAUUGCGUUUGAUUCCUUGUUUUUGUUUUACUUUUAUGGAGGAAAGAUUGUUCAUAUCCUUCUUUCUCCUUCACUUGUGGCGUGGGUGUAAUGGUGGUAUAAAUUAUUUGGAGCCUUUGAAUUGCUAGGAACUGUUACUAGUUAACUUUCAAGUGUUAAUGGAUUUAUGUAUUUUUGUCACUGUGCAGACUUUUAAUAUACAACUGGUUUCUACCCA